UACCUGUUUGAGUGGGUGUGCGAUUUACCUGUAGCCGCAGGUAAAAUAGGCUUCGGGAGAGGGAGCAGGAGCGUAACAUUGUUGAAUUUACCGAGAGAGAUCUAGCCUAUACUGGGCGGUGGAUGAUGUUUUGUCUGUAUAUUUACGGUCAGUGUCUGGGCAAAAGUACCUCUGUUAAGACACACUGAAUGUAUGCUGUUUAAGUUGUUUGGAGCAAGUAGACUACUAAUUGCCUCACUUCCGUGAUAGAAGACGUGAAGAGAAACAACAACACAAGACAAGAGAAUUUGCUCUUAUGUGGCCCUGGAUGUGGUGAGGCAUGCCUGGCCAGAGCAUGGGGGCGAAUCACAAGCCCCACUCCCACCACACAUCGCGCCCCAGGGCCGACGACUACCGGCACGGUCGCAGCCAGGACUCUGCCCGUGAACACCACAGCAACAACAACCACAACAGUAGUGGCGGCAACAGCCACCACAAACACGGUCACCACCAUCGCAGCCACAGUGAAUCCCGCAAAACCCAAUCGCGCCACACCAAUGGCCGAGGCUCGGAGACCAUUGGCUUCAUUCCGGGCUCCGCGGACGCGGCCCAGGGUGUCACGCCAGCCUGCGGCUCCUGCGCCUCUAUGGGAUGGAGUGGCUGCAAGACCCUCAUCUGCUGCAUCCUCACCUGCGGGUUCUACGGCUCACGUGAGCCCUGCCUGCCAGUGCACAACGAGAGCUCCACGGACAACAACCCCGCCGUGACUGACAAAGCAACAGAGAAACAUCCCCCGAGCAACGGCAUGGCCUUGAUCAACCCCACUUGCGGCCUCCCUCUGGAGACCCGCAAACCCAGCCAGCUGGCCAACGUAGACAGCUUUCGCUACAAGGACGUGUGCAUUGCCGGCAAGAAAGUGGUCUACCACCCGGGGCCCCCCAAACGUAAUAUGUCAGCGGCAAAGAGUGGCGGCCAGAAGGAGCGCUCCCCCAGCAUCUACUCCAGGGAGGACCUAGACCUGGAUGACAUCGAUGACAGCGGGACGGACAUUGACUCCCUCAUCACUAAGAAGCUGCUGGAGCUGUACAAGCUUCACCAGAUUGAGCAGCUGGCCAUGUGCACGUCCGACUCGUCCUUCUCGCGCAAGACCAACGAGAUCAGCGACCUCAUCUACAGCAUCGCGCAGGACUACAAUCUGGAGGAGCAGGAGGCCGAGUGUCGGCUGGUGCACGGCGUCAUUCGCAUCAGCACCCGCAAGGCCAAGAACAAGAACACUUAUGGCAGACACAAGGACCCCAGUUCCCAGGAUGCACCGCUGCAUCCAAAUGGACGAAGGGAUGGAACCCUGCCCGACAGUGGUAAUGCAACGAUGACCUUCAGCAUCAGCAGUUCAUUUGAACCUGAAGUGAAAGUGUCCGACCUGACGGAGUCAGACGAAAUUGCACGAAAAAUGAGAGUCCAUAGUGGGCGAACCUACUCAUCCAGUUCGGCCACUGUCUACUCCCCCACCUCCAACGACACAGACUUCUCAGGGGCUCCCUUGCUGCACGCGUCCUGAGUGGGGACACUGCGCCUGAUGAGGCGGGAGAUGAAAGCGCCUCACCACAUCCCCCGCUUCCCUCUCCUUUUGUCUUGUUUUUGUUUGUUGAUGUACUUGCUCACCGCUGCUAGAGAUGUAAAAUGUCAGUGAUAUCCGUAGUUGUCUGACUGCUGGAACUGAGGAGACUUGUCCUGAAGCAAUGGACUUAGGAGAGUUGGCCCCCACCUGCAAUACAUGGUGGCAAUAUACAGCCAGUCAUGAGUGCCAUGGCCAUUUCUGAACUUCAGUGAUAGACAUUCCAAGAACUGGAAGAACUUUGUUUUAUUGUUUUGUGUUGUUGCUUUCUUGACACAUAAGUUCUUUAAACUUUUGGUAUUGUAGAAAAUAUCAUGACCGAGUUUGUGCCAUAAUAGUUAAGAGCUUUUUUUUUUUUUUUUUUUACUUCAUGCCAUACCAUACCACUGAUUAUAGUACAGGAAGGUGCUGCAUUUUUGGCCUGUUUAGACCCAGCCUGUGUGUGUGUGUGUGUGUGUGUGUGUGUGUGUGUGUGUGUGUGUGUGUGUGUGUGUGUGUGUGUGUGUGUG